AUGUAAAAAGCACGAUUGAUUCCAAGUCGUUUUACACUGCAGACAUUGUAAAUGCAUCUUCUUUUGUGCUUUACAAGACUAACACGUAAGAGUUUUUGCUUAAAUUUGUUGACUGGAUUAUUGUUCAGAAUAUAAGAGAAGAGUUCACGAAUUCUCAAAGAGUUUAAUCUGUGAAGGAAAUAUAUUUUUGAAUAUAACUGUGAUCUUAGACGCUCCGUGCUUCUAAAGACGGUACAGGGAUGUCCAACUGUGCAUAACUGACGACACUUCAUGCGCCACAAAGGAGGAGAAUAAAAUGAUUAUUUUAGGACAUAAAGGACAUUUGGCUGCUUUGAAACAAAAGAUGAAAAAUGAGCAUGUCACAUCGUGAACCCCCGGUACCCAAGGGACAAGCUAGAGGUGAAAGAUGAUUAGAAUCGUGAGAACACAUAUCGCAUUGCGUAUACAAGAGACGCGUAUCUAAUGGUCACCAAGAUCACUGGGGAUUCCUACUGAAUUAAUGGAAGGACUGAUUAAUUCGUAAAUACCAUCGAUAAAACCUGCUAGCGGAGUAUUAACAAAUACAUUUAUUCCCAAGCCCACUGAUCACAUAAAUAUUUCAUCAUCAUCACUGAGAAGAAUUUGAUUGUGUUUGUUAUAAAUGGAAAAUAUUUUAAGCGUAUGUACUUUCAAUUAAAGCAUGAAGAUCUAAGCUGUAGGAAUAUGACGAACCUUUACUCGGUAGAAACUGUUACAACCUAUAGCAGCAUAAGUAGAAAUCAAAGAAUCUCAUUGAAAUUGGAGGUGCCCAAGUGUUUUGUCUAGCUGAUUAGCGGAAUUCUCAUAGGAAAUCAGUUUUAAAUGAACGAAAGAAGUACGUUUACAAUGAAUGUCACAUUUGACAUGGACGAAAAUCAAACGCAGUUAGCCAGAGAGGACAGUUUUUAUUAUGGUCACAAUAUUGGAAUAGUUCUGCUUGCGGUAAUGAUAUCCUCAUUGUCUUUCGUUGGAAUUCUGGGUAAUAUUCCUGUUCUCAUUGUCUUCUGCAGGCGCAAAGAAAGAAAAGCGAGUAACACGUUUAUUAAAGUUCUAGCCUUUCUUGAUUUAUUGGUUUGCGCGUUUGUGAUGCCUUACUCAAUUGUGUACGAGUAUCAUUUAGUGACGUCAGAUAUCGUCUGCAGAAUAUUUGAAUUCCUUAUUCAUUUUUGUAUAGCGGCUUCAAAUAUUACACUAGGAGCUAUCGCAACAGAGAGAUAUAUUGCAGUUUGUCAAAUUAGUAAACGGAUAAACGUAAGAAUUAUUAACCGUGGAGUGUAUGGAAUUCUGUUGAUGGGGGUUCUUAUAGCCGCGCCAUCUGUCGGUACAUUUGCUGUCGUCAAGGACGCGGAUGUAAAGGAUGUUCCUUGCUCAUUCCCACACGAGAACACAAAUGGAUAUUUUUGUCAUUUUACGUACACUAUAAUGGGACAUGACAUUGUAAGGGCCUAUCAAGUAUUUCAGAUGUGUCUGUUCUUUAUACUGUUGGUAGCGAUUAUUGUUUUGUAUUCAAUCGUCUACGGUGUGCUAUGGAAGAAAACUCAAAUAAGAAAAUCGUUGACAAGGCGCCGAGAAAGCUGUGCUGUUUCUCUUUCUGAAAGACAAAUAGUUCCUAUUAUAGAAAGUGAUUCGUUGAUCAAAAACAAUGAUCACAAUCAAGUCAACCAUACAAAAGACGUUUAUUGCCAGAUAGGUCCUACAGUAUGUAAUGCUUCUAAUACAUAUACAUCGACAUAUUUAAAUAAUCACAUAGAAACCCCACCAAAGAAUAAUGGAAUAGAAUGUUCCACAAAUGAGCUACACCGGAAUACCUUGCCGCAUCGAACAGAUUCCAAAGUUACAUUCCAAAACUCUCUAGAGAAAAUCGAAAUUAGUGAUAAUCAAAUACAGGACACCGAAGAUGAACAAAUUUGCAAAAUUGAAUCUGAAAAUAGAUCGAGGCAAAACUCUAGUGUUCCAGCAAUUGAAAAGGUGAAACCAAGACGGUCCUACCACAGACGAACGGCGAAAAUGUUGUUUCUUUGCACAGUGAUAUAUUUCGUAACUUGGCUGCCGUUUUGGUUUGAUAUAUUUGGUGUGACGAAUUCUAGAUUGUUACGAUAUGUGUUUUUCAUUGCACAUGCGACAAAUCCAAUAGUUUACGGAAUAGUAAAUAGACAAGUUAGGAGAGCAUUUAAGCGACUACUUUUCGACUGUCUAAAGACAUGGUGUUACGACAGCAGUAAUCUAGAGGGACCAUCAAAUACAGAAAACGCCUCUUUUUCAGGAACUAGUAUUUGAUGUUUAUACAGUGUUCAUCUGAUCUGUCAGUAUCGAACUUUGAUUGUGCUGUUUGCUGUAAAUAUAAAAGACAUUUUUAUUCCAUACAGCGAUGGUCCAAUAUUUUAGGAAAAAAAGUAUUUUUGUUAAAAACAGACUUUCGUGAUGAAAUAUUUGAUCAAGUCAUAUAGACUUAUAUUAUUGUUAUAAAAUAUAUAUUGUUUAAACUAA